UGCUGGGACUCGUUUUUGUGACUAUGGCUGGUGGAAACGAAGUCAACCUUAACGAAUGCAAGAGAAUUGUCCCACUCAACACAUGGGUCCUCAUUUCCAAUUUCAAGCUUGCUUACAAAGUCCUGCGUCGUCCUGACGGUUCCUUCAACCGCUACCUCGCCGAGUUUCUUGACCGUAAAGUUCCCGCUAACACUUUCCCUCUCGACGGUGUUUUCUCCUUUGACCACGUCGACUCUACCACUAACCUUCUCACCAGAAUCUACCAACCCGCGUCUCUCCUUGACCUGACCCGUCACGGCACCCUCGAGCUUACCAAGCCUCUCAGCACUACAGAGAUUGUCCCUGUUCUCAUUUUCUUCCAUGGAGGUAGCUUCACUCAUUCCUCGGCCAAUAGUGCUAUCUACGACACUUUCUGCCGACGCCUUGUCACCAUUUGCGGUGUUGUUGUUGUCUCUGUUGAUUACCGGAGAUCGCCUGAGCAUCGCUACCCUUGUGCUUACGAUGAUGGAUGGAAUGCUCUCAAAUGGGUCAAGUCAAGAGUCUGGCUUCAGAGUGGUAAUGACUCCAAUGUUUAUGUUUAUUUGGCUGGUGAUAGCUCAGGAGGCAACAUAGCUCACAAUGUCGCUGUGAGGGCAACCAAAGAAGGAGUCAAAGUGUUGGGGAACAUUCUUCUUCACCCAAUGUUUGGUGGACAAGAGAGGACUGAGUCUGAGAAGAGUCUUGAUGGCAAAUACUUUGUCACUAUACAGGAUCGAGAUUGGUAUUGGAGGGCUUAUUUACCUGAAGGUGAAGAUAGAGAUCAUCCAGCAUGUAAUCCCUUUGGCCCGAGAGGUCAAAGCCUUAAAGGUGUCAACUUUCCCAAGAGUCUUGUCGUUGUGGCUGGUUUAGAUCUUGUUCAGGAUUGGCAAUUAGCUUACGUGGAUGGCCUUAAGAAGAAUGGUCUUGAAGUGAAUCUUUUGUAUUUGAAACAAGCUACCAUCGGGUUUUACUUCUUGCCUAACAAUGAUCACUUUCAUUGUCUUAUGGAAGAGUUGAAAAAGUUUGUGCACCCCAUAGAGGAUUCUCAAAGCAAGUCAAGUCCUUUGCUUCUUACUCCGUAGCAACAACAACAAGGUCUAGUCAUGUUGCUGAUAUAUACAUAAAGAGAAGAAGAAAGAGGAGGAUCGGUUUGUUUUGCCUAUCUAUGAUGGGGUUUUGUACAGUUUCCACAAGUGUUGUCUAGUGUGUAGUAGCGUUUCUUUUGUGUUCCUUGGUCUCCGGAAGCAUAAUAACUUCUGGCUUGUUGU